AUGGCACCGGUUGCGUUGCAGACUACGGUGACGGCGGAGGUGCAUUUGCCUGAGGAUGCCAGUGCAGGUGUUUCGGCCUCCGCUUCAGAUAUGGUGUCUGCGGUUCCUGUUUCAGGUGAGAUUGUGGGUGUUGAAGAUGGGUACUGCAGUGCACUUUUUACAGAAAAAUUACAAAUGUGCUGUACUGUAUGUGUGAGAAGAUGCAUGGCACCUUUACCCUGCCCCAACUGCAAAAUGGUGAUAUUUUGUAGUGAAGAGUGUCGAUCACAGGAAUUAUCAGACAUUCAUUGGCAAGAAUGCCCUAUUGUGGAAACCCUGCAUGUACUGGAGAAUGGAGGUUUGCUUGCAGUAGCAUACAAAUUAAUGAUGAAGACUUCUCAUGCUAAGUUCAAGGAAAUUAUACCACUACUGCAAUAUGAAGCAAAAAACCAACCUCCCAAAAAUCUUGGUUUCAAUAAAAAUGGUAUCUAUGAUGCAUCGGAUUAUAGAUCAGUGUACCACCUGACAACCAACAAAGAUAAGUUAUCUUCAGAAGAACUAAAGAUAUGUAUACAAGCUUUUAUUGUAACCAAACUUCUGCAGUUGAGUGGUCGCUACUUCCUCAGUUGUGAUGGUGAGCCCUUCACUCCAAGCCUUGAAGACAUCAUCUUGACUGGCAGCACACUCAUCCAUCACAUCAUGAUCAUCAAUUGCAAUAGUCUAUGCUUUUCAAAUCCCACGCUCAUGAAUCACUCCUGCAAUCCAAAUUGUGCUGCAUUUUAUUAUGGAAUAACUUGCAUAAUAAGAGCAAUGCAAUUCAUUCCGGCUGGUAAGAUGUUAACCACUUCAUAUGGAGAAGAUUUUCUUCAACACACAAGAGAUUCCAGGAGGUUGUCUCUAAUGACUCGUUUCCAUUUCACUUGCACCUGUGAGGCUUGUUUAAACAACUGGCCAACUCGCCAACUUGCCAACUCGCCAACACUUGUAAUUUUAAAAUGCACAAUUUGUAAUGAAGGAGAGGGUAUCGAUCCAAUCACAAAAUGUUGUCGUAAUUGCAAUCUGAACUAUGAUCAAGGAAGCGUGCGAGGAAGAGCACCUUAUAACUACAGUCUUAUCUGCAGAAAAAUAAAUAAGGUUCACAGGGAUGUUUUUAUUGCCACAAAAAACAUCUCUGAAGGCAGUAACUCUGAAAAAGACAUAAGAGCAGUGCGUACUUUAAUUAAAGUUUUCUGUAAGUAUGUGAAGCAACCAAAUAAUGCUCUUGUUGAUGCUAUAGCAACACUGCGCUAUGCCUGUUUCAAACGUUGUUCUUGUGUUUAUGUUAAACAUGAUAUCAAACCAUCAUUCUCAAUCAUCUGAGACAGAGAAUGAUGGUUCGAGGAUCCUACUAUUGCAGUCAUUACAAAAUGAGUAAAAAGUACAAGUAAAGGCUUAGCUACGGUUAGCACGUAGUAAAUAAGUGCUAAUAUUGCCAUUAUAAUUUAAAGGAGAAUAUUUAAGGUGGUCUAUGAUAAAUUGUAUUUUUUCUUUUUCUGUAUAUGACUAUAAAUAAGAGCAUAUAUUUUCCUCAUCCUAGCUUUGAAACACUGUCAACAGUGAUUUAUUAUAUUCAUCUGAUGUAUUAUGUAUUAACGAUAAAACCUACCAUUAAUGUAUGAUGACUUACUGUAAAUAUGUAGCUCUUGUAAUACACUU